CAAGGCAGGCAGUGUUGCAGAUACCGCCGGCCACACACCCUGACCUCAGCCUCGCCUUCAUAAAUCUACGAGGAGACAAUUCGCUCUUAAUAAACAAUCACGGGAAAUACCUCGCCGUGCCACGGAAGGCAGCGACGACGGCGGAGGCCUAACAUGCAGCUGGCAGGGGGCGGUGUGGUGCCGUCUGCGAUCCACGUGAAACAGCUUGCUCUCGGGGCGUCGUGGCUGUCAGGCGUAUGAUGCAUACCUGCUGACAGCCGCAACUCCGUGAUCUCUGGUGCCAUUAUCUGUACAGUUGGAGGAGAUCGAAUGCGUAUUCCCCUCUGACGAGUGGGUGGAAGCGCAUGUAAACGCGAACGGUGGCUAAGCAGUACGAGAGUGGUGCCCAAAAAACGUGACAAAAUUCGCGAAGAAUUCAGUGUAUCAUUAACGAGUGAAGAAGGUCUAUGAGACGAUCCCGCGCGAUGUUGUCCAGCCUGUGAAUGCAACAAACUCUGAGAGCUGAGAGACUAAAGCCGUUUUUUGUUUUCUUCCUCGAUAAUAAGGAUAUAACUCCCAUCGACCAAUCCUUUCGUAUUUAGGAUGUUGUAUCAUAGGCCUCCCACGCGCGUUCGAGUCGGCAGCAAACACGCCUCGAGAAACAUGGCGUGGAAAUAACAUCGGUUUCUAACUAUGGUGGCGAUAACUUAUCACAAACAUCGCGCUGAGCAUGGCGAUGGGACCGCGGAAGAAAGCCGACUUCUUCAACAGAGGUCGAGGAUACGAGUUCGAGAGCGAGGGCGACGAGGGCGCGGAAGGGUUCGCCAGCCACGAGCCCCUGCUGGAGGCGCCGGGGUACGAGCCCGACCCGUCCCACAGCCUCGGCGGCGGCGAGUACCACGACGCGGCCGGCUACUCGGGGGGCUUCUGCCCGUACGAGCCGCAGAAGCACGCCACGUACGAGGUGUCCCAGCCGGGCCUUGAUCCCGAGGCGCCCUACCAGUACUCGGCGCCGCAGUACCCGGGGCCGUCGGGCUACUCGCUGCAGGGCGCGGACGAAGGUUCCUAUGCGGCCGCGGGAGGGUCCUUGGACUCGGCGGGCGGGGCGCAGGCGUGGGGCGGCGCCGGCGAGCAGGAGGGCGAGAAGAAGAAGGGGAAGCGAGCGCAGACCUGCCGCCUCUGCGCCAACCACGGCCUCGUGGUGGAGAUGAAGGGCCACAAACUCUACUGCAAGUACCAGAAGCCCCACGACUGCGCCAAGUGCGAGAUCACCCUCCAGCGACGCUACUACACGGCCGCUCAGCAGCGCAUCACCAGAACCCAGCAGCUGCAGCUCCAGGAGGGCCAAGAACCAGCACCGGCAGGUCUCCCGCCUUCCCCUGCCAACCCGAGGGAGUUCCCCCGCCUCCCGGAGCUCCUGCAGGACUGCGACAACAUCAUCGACGAAUCCCUGUUCGCUCGCAUCAACGAAGUGGUGCGGCCUCGCUCUCACCACCCUCACUGACCCCCCUUCCUUCCCCCCCCCCCCCGCC